AUGCCAGAAGAAAAUAACAGCAGGGUAUCUGAAUUUAUCUUCUUGGGAUUUGCCCAUCAGCCAGAACUGAAGAUUCCCAUUUCCACACUGCUGUUGCUGAUCUAUAUUGUCACUGUGGUUGGCAAUUUGGGACUGGUUUUGCUGAUCAGAAUGAACCCUCAGCUUCAUACCCCCAUGUAUUUUUUCCUCAGUAAUUUGUCUUUUCUAGAUAUCUGCUACUCUUCCAACAUCACCCCAAAAGUUUUGGAAAAUUUCCUGUCACAAAGGAAAACCAUUUCCUUCAUAGGGUGCAUGGUCCAAAUGUAUUUCUUUGUUGCUCUUGCAAGCACAGAGUGCAUCCUUUUGGGGCUUAUGGCCUAUGACCGUUAUGCAGCCAUUUGCAGCCCUUUGUUGUAUACAUCUAUCAUGUCCCACUCUCGGUGCAUCAAGAUGGCAAGUGGGGCAUUCGCAGCUGGCUUUUUGAUAUCAGCGACAAAUACUGCUAUGAUAAGUACUCUGUCUUUCUGUCAGUCCAAUAAAAUUGACCAUUUCUUCUGUGAGAUCCCUUCACUCCUCAAACUCUUAUGUUCAGACAUUUUUGCAGCUGAAACAUUGGCCUUCAUCUGUGCUGGGACUGUUCUUUUGGGACCUCUCCUAGUCAUAUUGAGUUCCUAUACAUACAUCCUUUCCACAGUGCUCAAGAUCAAUGUGCAUGAGAGCCAAAAAAAAGCUUUCUCUACCUGCUUUUCCCACUUGAGUGCUGUCACCAUAUUUUAUGGAACUGGCUUGUUUGUUUAUUUGCAGCCCAGCUCAAACUAUUCAGAAGGUCAGCACAAAAUUAUGUCUUUGUUCUAUUCAUUUGGCAUUCCAAUGCUUAACCCUUUUAUCUACAGCCUUAGGAACAAAGAAGUCAAGGACACACUGAAGAGAGUGUGGGAAAAGGAUUUUUUGUUAUCAUAUAUCCUCAAUUAUAGGUCAAACUCAUGUUUAUUGCUAGUUAUUUCACUCAAAUCUAGCAUCUACUGUGUUUAUUCAGAGUCAGACCCUGAACUGAGAAAAUCUCAGACUACAUCUGCCGUCUUCAACAUUACAUGA